GGUGUGUUCGAGGCACGGGGGUCGACCUGGUACCGGAGUAGUUGCAUGAUGGGAGAGCCAGUGGAUAUUUCUUCUUCCUUCGUCGAGUCGUCUGUCUGCCUGCGGAGCGACCAGCUUGCUUCAUCGGUCCCGUAACUAAAGAUGGCUGAUCUCCAGGCUAAAUUUGAUACAGCAGCAGCUGAGGUGAAGCAGCUUAAGGCGAAGCCUACAGAUGAAGAGAUGCUGCAGGUUUACUCCCUGUUCAAGCAGGCCUCCGUGGGUGAUGUUAACACAGGUCGCCCUGGGAUGUUUGAUUUCGCUGGGAAAGCUAAAUGGGAUGCCUGGGAAAAGCAGAAAGGCAAGAGCAAAGAAGAUGCCAUGAACGAGUACAUCAACCGGGUGGAGCAGCUGAAGCAGAAGUAUGGAUUCUAACGUUGCAUGAUAACCCCAAACUGGCCGGAUGGACUGAGAGCACUGGCUGACCACCACCAGUUGUCGUGACCCUGUAAAAUGCCUUAAAACCCAAGGAGUGUUCCCUUAUGCAACACAUGUGAAUGCCUGGUGGACCAUUAGUGGUCCCAAUGAGAUUAAGCUGGCCUGAAUAACCAUUAAUGCACGAUCAGAAACUGUCACCCACCAGAGUAGCUUUUAGUUCAUAUUUUCAGCCAUGUUUUCUUUGUGCAGAGACAUGGCUGAAAUGUCAUUUAAAUAUAAAAUCAUUCUUCUCUAGGUGCUGUGUUUGGUGUACUCAUAUUUUCUGAUGUGUUCUAGUUUUACACAUAAUGUAUGUAUUAUUUACAUCAUACAUAAAAAUUAUUUACAGUAGAUUGGAUGGUGGCUAGGCGAAUAACUUCAUCUAGCAGGGUAUUUCAAGGAUUUGAUCAAGGGGUGUAUUCACACACUAUCUUACCGCUCAUGGCUGUCCUGUGACAUCAGCAAGCGAUGAGUCCUUAAUGCACACUAGGUCUGCAACUCUGCAGACUUUGCAUAAGUGAAAAUCCCACAAUGCAUAGCGUUGUCACAUUUAAAUGGAAUCAUUUCAAUCAGUGGAAUUGUGCCGAAAUAAAAAAAAUAAACAAAACAUGGAAGGA